CCCGGCUCCCUGAAAUGGCGGCAGCCUCCCGACGUCACGCAAGGAACCGCGAAUCACGACUUACAAGCUCCCGCAAUAUCGCAGCAACACAUUGCAUCUUCACCCACCCAGCCGGACGGACAUAAUCAACAGACAUGGCCGAUUACGGCGGAUCGCAACACGGCAUAGCUCGAACAUCGCGUGCCCAGGCCCAGACUGCCGAUCAGAGAAAGCUCGAGCUCGAUAGAAUCGAGAAGUACCGAGACCUCGAGAACCAAGUGCGCUCCCAUCACGCUCAGGGAGAUUACUCGCCCGACGUCUUCCAGCUGACGACGCGGCUCCUGCGGCUCAACCCCGAAUACUACACAAUAUGGAACGUCCGCAGGCGCUCCCUAAUCUCUGGCUUAUUGUCAAAACCAUCGCAUGGAUCUGCGCCCUCGAGGGUGUCACAGAGUUCUUCACCGUCACCCAAUACAGCACCUCCCUCCGCCAAUUUAUCCCCAUCCUUUUCGGCCGCGAUCCAGCCAUUCCACGAGGUCCCGACAGUUGGGAGGACUGGUACAACAGCUGACAGCCGCGACAGCGCAUCUCCGAUUAAAGAACACGGAGAAGAGUCCACCGAGAAUGAGCAGCAGCGGCAGCAGCAGGACCUUGACAUUCUCGUCUCGGAGCUCCGUUUCACAAUUCCCUUGCUGCUCGAGGCGCCCAAGUGCUACUGGAUAUGGAGCCAUCGCUCGUGGGUCCUGCAGGAGGCCAUAGGCCGGUUGCAGCGGGCUGCCGCACGUCGCAUCUGGGAGGAGGAGCUGGGGCUCGUGUCUAAGAUGCUUUUCAAGGACCGGCGCAAUUUCCACGCCUGGGGCUACCGGCGGCACGUAGUAGAUCAGCUUGAGGGGCCGACUCUCGGCGGCAUCAGCAGGGUUGAGUCCGAGUUUGAGUACACGACCCAGAUGAUUGAAACGGACUUGUCCAACUUCUCCGCCUGGCACGGCCGGAGCAAGCUAAUUCCGCGCAUGUUGGACGAGCGAGGAGCUGACGACGAGGAUCGGAAAGCAUUCCUGGAUAAAGAGCUCGGGAUGAUAAACGAAGCCCUUAAUGUCGGCCCGGAGGACCAGUCGCUGUGGUACUACCACCAGUUUCUAAUGCUCAACCUGGUGAGCUUUGUAGGGCGCGCCACUAUCGUUCCCACGUUCAACCUCAAGGAGCGUAUCACGUACAUGAGCCGCGAGAUAGAGGGCAUUAAGGAGCUGCUGGAGGACUAUAAUAACAUCAAGCUUAUAUACGAGGCGCUUCUCGACUACACGAUAAUGCUGUGCCAGCUGGAGGAGCGGCAACCCGACACUAGCGAGCGCGCCGACCUAGCGGUUUGGCUGCAGAAGCUCCGGGAGCUAGACCCCAUGCGUAAUGGGCGGUGGUCGGACGUGGCGAGGGAUUACGGACUUCAGGAGAAGAUCACGACCCCGGCGGCGAUCAAAGUGUAAUUCACAUAGCGAGAAUGCAUACGCUUCGUUUACCACUAGGCGGUCGGGCUUCGUGUUCGCUCACUUCUAUAUCCGCUAUGGCGUUCUGCUCCCAAAGCGCCACCCCGUGAGAUAAUAUCACCGCCACCCGGCUCAAGAUAGUGUGAGUAAGUUAUAACGCGGAAGAGCAAGUGCUAUCGCGACUCUCUCUCUAGACUAAGAGCAUUUGUUGCUUCUCUUCCGUCUCUCGUCUCUUGUCUCUAUACUAGCUCUUAUAAGACGUGACUUGCUUCGGCUCCGUGCGAGGCGAGCAGUACUGCCCGGCCGGCAAAGUCGGUACAUAUCCGUGACAGUAGCGGGCAUUAGAUUUAUCUCCCUAUUGUUACUACAAACUGAAUAGACGGUUAUGACUUACCUCACUCAAUAAGUGCGAAGGGCAGCGUCACAGUCAGACGAGGAGAGU